AUGCGCAGCUUCUCCAAGUUGCGCAUCCCGGGAGAGGAUGCGCCAACUAUCCCCUCCGGAGUGAGAGAUGCCGCUAUUCUGGGGGCCGUCCUCUACCCGGCUCCCCCCGUCUCUCAUCCCGGGCUGGACUUUCCUAGGCGCGCGCCCGCGGAGCCCCCGGUCUUUUGUCGACCGUUCCAAAUCGGGGAGAUGACCAACGACGACCCCGUGGUGUAUUUAGAGGCCAGCGACCUCUGGAGACAGUUCCACAAAUGCGGCACAGAGAUGGUCAUCACCAAAUCCGGAAGGCGCAUGUUUCCGCCCCUCAAGACCAGGUGCGCGGGCAUGGACAGAAAGGCAAAGUACAUUUUGCUGAUGGACAUAGUGGCGGCUGACGACUGCAGGUAUAAAUUUCAGAGCUCGCACUGGGUCGUUGCGGGGAAGGCGGACCCGGAGAUGCCCAAACGCAUGUACGUCCACCCGGACAGUCCGGCCACGGGCGAGCAGUGGAUGUCCAAGGUGGUCAACUUCCACAAACUAAAGCUGACCAACAACAUAUCCGACAAACACGGAUUUACAAUUCUCAACUCGAUGCACAAAUACCAACCCAGGUUCCAUGUAGUGAAAGCGAAUGACAUAAUGCAACUUCCAUACAGCACUUUCAGGACCUACGUGUUUGCUGAAACCCAGUUUAUCGCAGUGACAGCUUACCAGAAUGAGAAAAUCACGCAGCUGAAAAUAGACAACAAUCCGUUUGCGAAAGGAUUCCGAGAUACUGGGAACGGCAGGAGAGAGAAAAGGCAAGUGAAACUUCAGCUAUCGCUGCAACGGUUCAAAGAAAUGCAUUUGACCGAGGGAAAAAAUGACCCCUUAAAGUAUUCUAUAAAACAUUCAGACAACAUCAAGUCUUCAGAAGACGCUUAUGGAAGUGAAAGUGAUCAAGACAACCCUGAGCAGGACCCAGAGCCAAAGGUGCGUAAAACCCAGCGGGAGGCUGACCCGGGGUCAGGUGGGAACCCAGAGGUCAGAGGGAACCGCCUGACCAGUCCAGGAGACUCGGACGAGGAGCCAGUGGGCAGAUUGAGCAGCUGUGUGGUUUCCCCGGGAUUAAACCGGACUCUCUGGGAUCUGAGCAUGUCCAGCGGUCUCCUUCACGCCGCCCAGGUGGACGCCUGGUACCGCGGCGCCCCCCCAGACCCGGCCAGGACUCCGUUUCCCAUCAGCCCCCAGCAGCACGCACUGGAACAGGACCUGCUGAGUCUCCCCCCCUACGCGGGCCUUCUGUUUUACCCUUACUCCAACAUCUGCGCAGCAUCGGCCCACUACCUCCUCCCCCAUAGGUCCAAACCAGACUUCAAAACGUGUCCGGACGCCCACAGCUGCAGAUUCUGUCCCUCUCAAAUGAUUUCUUCAUUUGUUCCUCCGGUAGGGGAGAGUAACGUAAAAUAUCUCAAUGAAGAAUUGCCUUUGGGGCCUAAAUUGGGACAGAAGACGCAGGUGGACGAGGGGAGAGUGGACAGCAGCCUGGAGGAGUCCCGGACUGAGAAGGAAUAUUGA